CUGGUCAGGACCAUCUAGGAGACAAACAGCUGAUCUGAAGUGACCUUCUCAUUGAUAACACUGGUUAAACAUCACCUGCAGUAAGAUGUUACCAAUGGUUUUAUUUUUCUCUCUCUUCUCUCUGACACCAGCGGCUACUGAAGUGGGUCUCGGUGGUAAAGUGCUUCUGUUUCCAACCGAGACUGAUACCAGCUAUGUUAAACUCAUUCCUGAAAAGCCACUGAGUCUUUCAGCAUUUACUCUCUGCAUGCGAGUUGCGACGGAGCUCCAGGGCGAGAGGGAGAUCAUUCUGUUCGCCUACCGCACACAGAACUAUGACGAGCUCAAUGUGUGGAGAGAGAAAGAUGGCCGUUUGUCCUUCUACCUCAGCGGCAAUGGAGCGCUUUUCUACCUGCUUCCUCUCUCCACCUUCCGGACUCACCUGUGCGUCACCUGGGACUCGGCGACUGGUCUUUCUGCCUUUUGGGUGGAUGGACGUCGCAGCUCAUUCCAGCUAUAUAAAAAAGGUCACUCAGUUCGUCCUGGUGGCACCGUCCUGCUCGGCCAAGACCCUGAUAACUACCUGGAUGCCUUUGAAGCAAAGCAGAGCUUUGUAGGUGAAAUUACAGAUGUGAAAAUGUGGGAUCAUGUUCUCUCAGGCAUUCAGAUUAAGGCGGUUUAUUCAAACCAGGAAUGGUCUGUGCCGAAGGGAAAUGUGUUUGACUGGAACACCAUUAAAUAUGAGAUUAAUGGAAAUGUGCUAGUGGUGAAGGAUAACUGAUUCUGAUCAGGUGUAACGUCACAUUUGUGUCAAC